AUGAUUGAAACGCAAAGCGGUGGAAAGAUCAAAACUCUCAUAUCAGACAAUGGUGGCGAAUAUAAGUCUGAACCUUUCUUGAAAGUUUGUCAAGAUGAGGGUAUUGUGAGGCACUUCACGGUUAAGGAGACACCGCAACAAAAUGGGGUAGCAGAGCGCAUGAACCAUACUUUGCUUGAGAAAGUCCGGUGA